AUGGCAUUUACUACUGAAAAUUCAUUAUUAUCACAAGAUAAUUUAUCACCAACUACUUCAACUUCAUAUUCUAUAGAUUCAUUACCUCCUAAUCAAUCACAAUUACAACAAUCACAACAAAGUCUAGAGUCGCCAAAUUACAACAAUAAUAACGAUAACAAUCAUACCAAUAGUAACAGUCACAAGAAUUAUGAAGAUGAAGAUUUUUUUUCACCAGCAGCAUAUUGUUUUAUAUCAGAUCAAAAAGUUCAUUUUGAACCAAUAGAAGAUUAUUCAAAUGAUGAAGAUGAUUUAAAUCAAAUUUCAAAUACUUUUAAAAAAAUUUCAAUAAUAAAAGAUGAUUCCGAUUAUUUACCUGAUAAAUUAUACCUUAAAAAUAAAAAUUUAUUAUAUUCAUUAAAUAAUCCUUCAGUUUCUGAUGUUGAAACUGAUACAAUUAAUAACAACAACAAUCAUUCAAAUUCAACUAACUCAAAUGGUAAUACGUUGGAAAUACCGUCUUCUAAAAACAACUCCAUAACAGAUACGUCAUCCAAUUUCUCCAACUCAGAAUCACAAUCACCAUCACCAAUUGAAAAAUCAAAUAAUAAUAAUAAUUCAACAUCAUCAAUAUAUUUCCCCAAAUUAGUCAUCAACUUAUCAGAAAAUCUCGAAAAUGGAUUUAUAGAAUUGAAAAAAUUAAUAAUGAAAGUAUUUCCAUUUUGGACUGAUUCUUCAAAAUUAGAAAUUAAUCAAGUUACUGGAGGUAUUACAAAUAUGUUAUUAUCAUGUAAAUAUGACACACAAACUAUAUUGAUAAGAGUUUAUGGACAUGGAACUAACCUUAUUAUAGAUAGACAUCGAGAAUUUAUAAGUCAUUUAAUUUUAAAUUCGAUCAAAUUAGCACCACAAGUAUAUGCAAGAUUUAAGAAUGGAUUAAUUUAUGGGUACUUAUCAGGACAUUCAUUAAAACCAGAAGAAUUAUAUAAUGAACAAAUAUAUCCAUUAAUAGCUCAACAAUUAGGGAACUGGCAUAAAUCAUUAAAUUAUAAAUUAAUUGAAGAAGGAGUAGAUAAAAUUCGAGCUUUAAAAUUGAAUAAUAGAAGAAAUUCAUUUAGUAAGAAGAAAUCAUCGAAAAAGAAAAGAUUUAUAUCCAACAUAUGGGAAUUAAUUAACGAUUGGAUUGAAAUAGUACCUAUAAACCCCGACUUGAUAGAUUCGUUCCAAACUAAUUUACCACAUCUAGAAGUAAAUGAACAAAAUUUAAUUGAAGUUAUUAAAAAUGAAUUUAAUUGGUUACAACAAACUUUAGAGAAAAUCAAUUCACCAAUAGUAUCAUGUCAUUGUGAUUUAUUAUCAGGAAAUGUAAUAAUACCAGAUAAAACCACCAACUUUAUAAAUUUACCACCAAUUGAAUCCAAUCCUAUAAAAUUUAUUGAUUAUGAAUAUAUGUUACCAGCACCAAGAGCAUUCGAUAUAGCAAAUCAUUUUGCAGAAUGGCAAGGUUUUGAUUGUGAUAGAGAAGCAAUACCUAAACCAACAAUAGAUAAUCCUAUAAUUAUCAAAUGGUGUAAAAGUUAUUUAAAUAAUGAAGGUCCGAUUAAUGAAGAAGAAAUAACUAAAUUAAUUGAAGAAAUUUCAAUGUUUUAUGGAUUACCUGGUUUUUAUUGGGGGAUUUGGGCAAUGAUUCAAAGUGAAUUAUCAAAUAUAAAUUUUAAUUAUUCAAAUUAUGGUAAAUUAAGAUUAGAAGAAUAUUGGGAUUGGAAAAAUAAAAAUAAAGAAAAAACUGAAUCCAUUAAUAAUCAUUAA